CAGCUGGAUAACAUACUUCCUCAAAACUGUUGUGCAUCAUAAAACCUGACGAACUUUACUCCGCUGGACAUUUUCUGUGUCACCUUUGAAACUUGAGCUGAGAUAAUAUUUAACAACAAACCAAUGUGUCACAUAACUUUGUUGCUCUCUGCGCGUGUGGCACUGGAUCGAUGAAGUUGUGAUUCGGAGCGAUAUCGGUUGCAUACUUCACUUUACGGCCAGAAACAAUGGUUUCCAUUGCCAAGGUGCUCCUCGGAAUUUUUGGGGCAGCUGUGGUCGUCGUUUUGAUAGCGGUCCCCACGGCUAUAUUUCUUAAUGAAAAGAACGACGAGGCCAGCAUUAGAUCUUUCACCCUUGAGGACGUCUUCAACAGCUCACUGAAACCCAAAUCCUACAACAUGAGGUGGAUUUCUGAUCAUGAAUAUCUGCAUAUGUCAGAAGGCUCAGUGUUCCUCUAUGACGUCGCAACAGACAAGAUAUCAGACUUCUUGAGCAAAGACAGAUUUAUAGACAAAAAUGCCUAUGAUUACCAGCUGUCAGCUGACCGCCGAUACGUUGCAUUCAUGAGCAACUACUCCAAGCUGUGGAGACAUUCAUUUACAGCUUCAUAUUCACUUUAUGACCGGGAGUCAGACACAUUUAUCACACCCUCUGACAUUCCUGAUAAAGUCCAGUACUUUGCCUGGGCCCCUGAAGGGAACAAACUGGCCUUUGUUUGGAACAAUAAUGUGUAUAUAAAGACCAGCCCCAACUCUACAUCACAACAAGUCACAUUCAAUGGCGAGGAAAAUAAGAUUUUAAAUGGAAUCCCAGACUGGGUUUAUGAGGAGGAAAUGUUCUCAUCCAACCAAGGUCUCUGGUGGUCACCUGGAGGAAAGAACUUGGCUUACGCUGAGUUUAAUGACACCGGGGUCCACACUAUUGAAUACUCGUGGUAUGGUGAAAACCAGUACCCCAGCACUGUUUCUAUUCCAUAUCCAAAGCCAGGAACUCCCAAUCCCACAGUGAAGCUAUUUGUCGUGGACACUGACAAUGCAACAAAAAUCUCUGAAGUUGUUGUUCCAGACUCAUUUGGCUCAGUUGAGCACUACUUGUCUACUGUAACCUGGGUGAGUGAUGAGCGUCUAGCUGUCCAGUGGCUAAAGAGAGUACAAAACCAUCUCAUCCUUCAGAUCUACAGCUUUAAUGGAUUCACAUGGAAUACUUAUGAGCAUCUGGAGGUGGCAAGCACUGGCUGGAUUGGACGGUUCUCUCCAUCAGAACCAGUUUUUGCCACAGAUAAGAACAGCUAUUACCUGCUCAUGAGUGACACCCAGCAAUACAAGCACAUCCAUCAUGUGGUUGGGGGCAAGGCUACAGCCAUCACUUCUGGAGAAUGGGAAGUUAUUGACAUUCUGAAAGUCACAACAGAUAGUGUAUAUUUUUCAAGUAAUGAAGAGGGUGGCAAGCCAGGAGGAAGAAACGUUUACAAGCGGACACAACAAGAAACCAAGUGUCUGACGUGUAAUCUACGUGAAAACUGUUGGUAUAACUCCGCUUACUUCAGCCACAAUGCCUCCUAUUACCGCAUGAGCUGCAGUGGUCCUGGCACUCCUUUCUAUUCUCUCAUGGAUAACAUAAACAACAGAGAGCAAAGAGUUUUGGAAGACAACAAGGAAUUUGUGAGCAUGAUUUCUGGUAUUCAAAUGCCAACCAUGCGUCAAGGCACCAUCAAAUUGGGCGAAUACAAUCUCUGGUACCAGAUGAUUUUGCCUCCAGGCUUUGAUGAGUCCAAGAAGUACCCUUUACUGAUCGAUGUGUACGCAGGUCCAUGCAGUCAGAAAGUAAACUACGUCUACAGGGUAAACUGGUCCACCUACCUGGCAAGCACUGAGAAAAUCAUUGUUGCUAGCUUUGACGGAAGAGGGAGCGGUUACCAGGGCGACAAGUUAAUGUAUGAAAUUUACAAAAGCCUGGGAACCAAAGAGGUGGAAGAUCAGAUAACAGCAGCCAGGGAAUUCAUCAAAAUGGGAUUCAUUGACAAAGACAGAGUUGCUAUUUGGGGAUGGUCCUACGGAGGAUAUGUCACAUCCAUGGUCUUGGGAUCUGGCAGUGGAGUUUUCAAGUGUGGAAUGGCAGUUGCUCCAGUCUCCAAAUGGCGCUAUUAUGAUUCCAUCUACACAGAGCGUUACAUGAAAUUGCCUUCACAGAAUUCUGAAGGUUACGAUAACACAACAGUAACUGGCAGGGCCAGGAACUUCCAUUCAGUGCAGUAUCUUCUUGUUCAUGGAACAGCCGAUGACAAUGUCCAUUUCCAGCAGGCAGCAGAGAUCUCAGAAGCUCUGGUUGAGGAGCAGGUGGACUUUGAGGCCAUGUGGUACACAGACAAGGAUCAUGGGCUCGCUGGCGCUGCCAAUCAACAUGUCUAUACCCACAUGACUCACUUUCUACUCAGGUGCUUUGCAUAAAACCAAAAUCUGUUUUUAUUUUCUAUGAAUAAAGAUAGGCAAAAAAAUACAUAUAAACUCAUUUAGUAUUGGAAAAUUAAUGGGUGCAAAACUGUCCCAGUUCUAAUGUUAUUCUGUGUCUAUGAGAGCUUGUUUUAGAUAUGUUCAUUUAGUUUAAAAAAGCUCUGAAUUAACAACAAACAUCUUGCUCUGUGUUAUUUUAUUAAACCACAACGUUUCAGUCCAACUGACCUUCAUCGGGUACAAAAAACAAUCUGAUACGUUGUAAUUUAAUAAAAUAAUGGUAAGUCAAAAAGUGUGUAAUAUGUUCUUUUAAAAAUAUCUGUCUCUUUAAGAAUUAAAGCUGAUAUGGUUCCUUGUAAAACCUAUAUGUGAAAAAAAAAAAUUUCUAGAAAUAUAUUAAGUGUACAUUUAUUGUUUAAAAUGUCAUUUAGAGGCCAGCAGAAAAAGUAUAAUAAUGCAAAGAAUGAAAUGGGAACUGAGUGUAAUGGAAUAUUUUAGUGAACCUGAACUACUUGGACAUUUAAAAUUUCUACAGCAUUGUAUUAAGCAUAGACACAUCAAAGUAUUUGAUACAGUUUUAUGACAUUUGUAAAACUGUUAAUGGAGUUUUUUCUAAUGUAAUAAAUAAUUAACAAU